AUGUCUAUUCUGAUAGCAAAUACUUUCAUUGAGUAAAUUGGAUGCUAUGGACCUCCAGGGCCUCCUGGACCUCUGGGGCCUCUUGGAGUUUCAGGACCUAUUGGAUUGAGAGGUGAGCCGGGAGUCCCAGGACCAGCAGGUCAAAAUGUAAAAUGCCCCUGUGGAGAAAGAUCAGCCUUCACGGUGAAGCUCAGUGGAAGGCUUCCUCCACCUUCCAUGCCCGUCAUCUUCACAGAGGUCCUGUACAAUGCCCAGAGGGACUUAAAGGAGGCCAUGGGAGUCUUUACCUGCAGGAUUCCUGGAAAUUGCUAUUUCGACUUUGAUGUAGAGCUUCGCCACUGCAAGGUGAAGGUUUGGCUAAUGACGAACCAAAGCCAAGUUUUGGAAAAGGAUCUGAUCGCCAAAAAAGAGUAUGUUAAUAUCUCUGGUGCUGUAAUUAUGCUUCUGAAAAAGGGGGAUAAGGUGUGGCUAGAAGCAGAAGUUGAAACUGAGGAACCAAAGCAAGCAGAAGUCACUAUCUGUUUCUCAGGUUUCCUGAAUUCAUCCCUGAAACUAAGCCUCAUGUGA